CUUGAAGGAUAAGUUGGAAGAAUACAUGGCCCGAUUUUCCAAAGUGAGGAUUGUUCGCACCAAGAAAAGAGAAGGACUCAUCCGGACCCGACUCUUGGGAGCAUCUAUGGCCAGAGGAGAAGUCCUGACGUUCCUGGACUCCCACUGCGAGGUCAAUGUGAACUGGCUGCCCCCGCUCCUCAACCAAAUUGCACUAAACCACAAAACCAUCGUGUGUCCCAUGAUCGAUGUCAUUGACCACAAUCACUUUGGGUAUGAGGCACAAGCUGGGGAUGCCAUGCGAGGAGCCUUCGACUGGGAAAUGUACUACAAAAGAAUCCCCAUCCCUCCAGAGCUCCAGAGGGCAGAUCCCAGCGACCCUUUUGAGUCUCCUGUUAUGGCUGGAGGUCUCUUUGCUGUGGAUCGGAAAUGGUUUUGGGAAUUGGGUGGCUAUGAUCCAGGUUUAGAAAUCUGGGGAGGAGAACAGUAUGAAAUCUCUUUUAAGGUUUGGAUGUGUGGAGGAGAAAUGUUUGAUGUUCCAUGUUCUAGAGUUGGUCAUAUCUACAGGAAGUAUGUUCCAUACAAAGUUCCAUCUGGGACCAGCCUGGCAAGAAACCUGAAGCGGGUAGCUGAGACCUGGAUGGAUGAAUUUGCCGAGUACAUUUAUCAGCGGCGGCCAGAGUACAGGCAUCUCUCCACGGGGGACAUCUCUGCCCAAAAGGAGUUGCGCAAGCAGCUAAAGUGCAAGGACUUCAAAUGGUUCAUGGCUGCAGUGGCCUGGGACGUGCCUAAAUACUACCCUCCAGUGGAGCCCCCGCCUGCUGCCUGGGGGGAGAUCCGAAACAUAGCAGCAAAUCUCUGUGUGGACAGCAAGCAUGGAGCCACCGGAACAGAGCUGAGGCUGGACAUCUGUGUCAAGGAUGGUUCUGAACGAACAUGGUCUCAUGAACAGCUCUUUACCUUUGGAUGGAGGGAAGAUAUUCGACCUGGUGAGCCACUGCAUACCCGGAAAUUCUGCUUCGAUGCCAUCUCACACAACAGCCCAGUCACACUCUAUGACUGUCAUGGCAUGAAGGGCAACCAGCUCUGGGGAUACCGGAAGGACAGAACAUUAUUCCAUUCUGUGAGCAACAGCUGCAUGGAUUGCAACCCUGCAGAGAAGAAGAUUUUCAUGGCCAGAUGUGACCCUCUCUCUGAGACUCAGCAGUGGAUUUUUGAACACAUUAAUAUGACUGUUUUAGAAAAAUUUAACCACCAUGCCAGCUCCUAGAAAGAAAGAAGGAAGAAAGAGUGAUUACCUACAGAUUAUAAAUGAAAUUUUAGCCAGCAUCUGGGUCAAAGGAGUCAGGAAUAACAUUUCCUCGAUCCAGGAAGGCUGGUUUAAAAAUCUGUAAAUGCCAUGUUAAAGUAGGUUGUUUUGAAGAACUUCCUGCAUCUGAAGAACUUGGCUGAGAAUCUCACCAGCUGCUUCUGAGAGCUCGAGACUAGCAGUUCCCUUGCUGGCCAAGGGCAAAGAUUAUUUAGGGACUUUUCAAAACAACUGCUGAGCUAAUAAAUCCUAGCAUUUCUCAGGUCAAAUCCUGCAGUAGUGAGUAGCUAUGAAUGGAUCCUAUUAAAUGGGUGGGAGGGGGGUGAAAAUGGAGUGCAUGACUGCUCUGACAACCUGAGGGUAUCACAGGUUUAGAACUAGCCACGCUUAAGGGGUGAGCUGUACUCUUUGGUGCCAUUCUCUGACUAAGAAUGGGUUAAGCAGGUUUAACCCUUAAAAGUGCUGCAGAUGAUUUCAGAGUGCUCAUACUAUUCUGGUUUCUUUUGCUUUAUUUUUAAUUGAGGGUGCAAUAUCUAAUGUAAGACUCAAAUUACAUAAUGAAAUGGACAUCCAGUGAUCACAUUCUUUCAUUUAUAUUUGCUGUUUUCCUUUCAGAGCAAAGGUUUCUUAUUGUUCGUGAAAGUUCAUGCUCCAUGAAUCCACUGAAUUUCUAAUUCAAUGCCCUUCUAUGAAUCCAGUUAAAAACAACAAAAAAACUACUCUAUCAAGUUACUCCAAAGAAAGAUUUCACAGAAGCAGCAAAACCAUAUAAGAUUUAGGAGAGGGACUUCCCUGGGAAAUCUAUUUUUACUUUUCUAUUAUUUUUAAAAUCUUAAAAGUCUGAUAUUUGUCCGGUCAUAAUUUUUAUUAAGCAAGGAAAUGGAGUGAGGUUGAUGUAAUUUGUUUAGGAGAUUCCUCAAGCCAAAUAAAUCUACACUCCAAGUGAUGUGUGAAAACGGCUUGGUUCACUUUAAUUCUGUUUAGAAAGUGGUGGGAGCUUAGAAGUGGUUUUGUUUGUUCGUUUAUUUAUUUGGGUUUUUAAAAUUGUUCUUUUGUAGUGUUGAUAUGAAUGAUAUUCUUUUCUUUGGAAGCUCAUAAAAGGGAUUACCGUUAAUAAAGUGUUUCUGACACCAUUUUCUGUUAAUGGGACAAUAUUUUGGGGAUGAAGAAAGACAUGCUCUGAAAACUAAAGGGAACAUUUAAUCCUUAAAACAAUUUUUUACUGUUCAAUAAUGUCAGGUUGGGGGAAGAAUAUACAAGUACUAAGGUGGUCCUCAGGAAGAAAGAAUCAUUUUUAUUAUACGUCUCUCAAGUUUUUUUGGUAUAACAAUGUUUUGACUUUGCUUUUUUGUUUUAAGCUGGUAUUCCUGUUAAUAAAAAUUUAUAUAACA